CAUAGAUCAUCAUAGCACAACCAAGAAGAGUUGUGAAUAUCCUUGAGAGAUAUGUGAAGUGUUUUUGAGAGUUUUUAGUUAGAGCUUGUAUGUCUCUUCUUUCUAUUCUUGAAAGUAAUAAAAGUAUUUUUCUCUCAUAUUAGUAUGAUCCUGUUAUUCCCAACAAGUGGUAUCAGAGUCUGAUUGAGCUUUUGGUAUUUUUUCCCCAGAAUUUUCAGAUAAAAUUCUACUAUCUGAAAAUUCGUGUUUUUCAGUUUUGCUCGGAAUUGCAAUCAUAAUACACCGUUGGAUUCGUCUCGUCUAGAGGAGAAAACUGGUAUUUUUGGGGAUUUGUUUGGCCACCGGACGCGCCGCUCAAUCCCCGGCUGGAAGUGCCUGCGUCAUCACGCACAUUACGCAGGCCAGAGGUCGAAGAAGACUGAUGCCAUCGCUGACGUCAUCAGCCAGUCGGAGUUGUGUCAGCGACACGAGUACAGUUUCCGCCACGUCACCAGUCCACAGACAUCUUCCACCAGAGCCCAGUCAGCUGCCAUGUUAGCGCCACAUCACUGUCACGUCAUCUGCCACAUCACCGUUCUGUUUAUAAUUUUGAAAAUUUGCAGUUUGGUCCAUCAAUUUUUGGAAAAUUAUAAUUUCCACCUAUAAUUUUUCGAAAAUUGUAUUUUGACCCCGAAAGUGCCUACCCCCCAUUUCGGCCGUUCCGGACGCAACGGUGCUACACGUUUUUCGAAAUUAUGCUCUGAUUUUUCUCAAAAAGAAAAUCAAAAUUAUUUAGAAGGUGAAAAUGACCUUUGAUGAGUCAACUUCAUCUUCCGGAGCUAUGAUUAUGCUCACGGCUACCAACUACACGCUAUGGAAACCUCAGAUGGAAGAUUUCCUUAGCUGUAAAGACUUUUUUGAUCCAAUAGAGAUAAAAGGUAUUAAUCCUGACCUGGCUAAGUCAACGGAGUGGAAGAAAAUUAAUAGAAAAACUAUUGGUCAAAUCCGACAAUGGAUUGAUCAUAGUGUCUUCCACCAUGUUGCACAAGAGACCGACGCUUAUGCCCUUUGGAAGAAGUUAGAAGAUAUGUACCAGGCCAAGACCGCUAGGAACAAGGCCCUACUGAUGAGACGCCUUGUCAAUAUGAAGCUCAAAAGUGGAACUUCUGUUGCCGAACAUACUAGUCAAUUUGAGAGUCUGGUAAAUCAACUAUCUUGUGUAGAAAUGCUACUUGGAGAUGAAAUGCAAUCUCUACUACUUCUUAGUUCCCUCCUGAUAGUUGGGAGACACUAGUUGUUACUCUCAACAACUCAGCCCAGAUGACAAACUUACCAUGUAUGUGGUCAAGGAUGCACUGUUCAAUGAGGAGGCAAGAAGGAAAGAUAUGAGCACAGAUGAGACUCAUUCCCUUGUGACGAAGAAUAGAGGAAGAUCACAAGGAAAACAACAAAGAAACAGUAGAGGGAAGUGGCAAAGUAGAGGCAAAAGUUGGGGGAGAUCAUCGGAUGGACGAAAACCUUCUUAUACCUGCCACCAUUGCAGUAUAGAGGGUCACAUGAAGAAGAAUUGCUACAAAUUGCUAGAGGAGCGAGGCAAGAGCAAUUCUCAAGCGAAGAACAAGGGUGGUGAAGCGCUCAUCAUAAUCUCAGGUGAUGUGGUGUAUUGUACUAUCAAUGAUGAAACAUGCCUCGCGUCUCAAGAGAGGACACUGAAUGGGUGGUAGAUACUGCAACAUCCUACCACGUUACUCCCCACAGGUAUUACUUCACAACUUACAAAGCUGGAGAUUUUGGAGCAGUGAAGAUGGGUAAUUCCAGUUCAUCUGGAAUAACCGGGAUUAGUGAUGUACAAAUAAAGACGAGUAUUGGGAGCACAAUCACUUUGAAGGAUGUCAGACAUGUUCCAGACCUUCGACUCAAUCUCCUGUCAGUGGUAUGUCUUGAUGAACAGGGGUAUGAAAACCACUUUAGCAGGGGCACAUGGAAAAUGUCAAAGGGCAUUUUGACAAUCGCUCGAGGUCAUGUUUGUGGCACAUUGUACAAAUCCCAUUUGAGGAUUUGUACGGAUAGCCUCAACAUUGCUGAGGAGGCUUCUCAGGAUCUGUGGCAUCUGAGACUCGGUCACAUCGGUGAGAAAGGGUUGACUACCUUGAUGAAGAAGAACCUUAUCAACAUUGACAAGAAUGUUGCACCGGGUCCUUGCAGUCAUUGUCUAUUUGGUAAGCAACAUAGAGUAUCAUUUAGUUAUACUUCAACUAAAAGAUCGGAGUUGUUAAGUUUGGUACACUCCGAUGUUUGUGGUCCUUUUAAGGUGGAAUCACUCAGUGGAAGCAGACAUUUUCUGACUUUUAUCGAUGAUGCUUCUCGGAAAGUGUGGGUGUAUUUCUUGAUAACAAAAGAUCAGGUGUUCGAGUGCUUCAAGACAUUUCACAUCUUGGUGGAACGUGAAAUAGGAAAGAAGCUGAAAUGUCUCCAAUCUGAUAAUGGAGGUGAGUAUACUUCCAAGGUAUUCGAUGCAUAUUGUAGAACAUAUGGCAUUCGACAUGAUAAGUCAGUACCACGCACCCCUCAGCACAACGGCGUUGCUGAAAGAAUGAACCGGACUAUCAUGGAGCGAGCCCGGAGCAUGCUGAAUAUGACUAAACUUCCAAAGUCAUUUUGGGGAGAAGUAGUCAACACUGCAUGCUAUCUUAUCAAUCGAUCACCUUCAGUACCACUCAACUUUGAAGUUCCAGAGAGACUAUGGACAGGUAAGGAUCCUACAUACUCACAUCUUAGAGUAUUUGGUUGUUCAUCAUAUGCACAUGUAUCCAAAGAGCUCAGACAGAAGCUUGAUGCAAGAACUAUGGAAAUGAAGAGUUUGGAUACAUGUUAUGGGAUCCUAAGGAGAAAAAAAAUGUUCAAAAGUAGGGACGUUGUGUUCCACGAAAAUUUGACAAUAAAAGACAUUGAAAAACUCACAAUGUCUCGGAAGUCAAAUGAGGGUGCUCAAGUUUCAAAUGAAGCACCUGAAUUGUUCUUGAGAAACAAUGACGAAGUGCAUGAAAACAACUUUGAAGCAGAAGAGGAUGAGGAGACAGAAGAGAGUGCAGAGCAAGGGGAGUCACAACCCACUUCGCCAGGUACAGAUGAUGGUAGCUCUUCUCAGAUGGUUCCAACUGUUCCUAGAUCUGAACGAGGCCAUAUACCAUCGAAAAGGUACACAUCAUCUGAAUAUCUUUUGUUAACUGAAGAUGGAGAACCGGAGAGUUUUCAAGAAGUUGUGUCUCAUAAGGAUAAAGAAAAAU